GUUUAGAUCUUGGAUUAGACAGUUCAUAUAAAAAAGGACUGACAUCGCAUACGUUAGUCAUCAAGCGUAGACGAGAUUAUACUUGUUGAAUUGAAAUUUUUUGUGUGCUAGAAAAAAAUGUUUUUACAAUAAAAAAAAAGUUAUCCGUGUUUAUGUAAGGAAACAAUUUUCAUAUAAGUAUUAUUCAUGCCUUUUUGUCUAAAGCCCAAUCAAACUUCUACAAUGGAAGAAUAUUCUGUGGUAUCAGAUGUCUCGGUAGUAGAUGUCUAUGAUAUUGCCUCAGAAAUAGGGAAGGAAUGUGAGAAACUUAUAGAUCUGUUUGGCGUUGAAUCUGUAACGAAUCUUAUGCCAAAAGUUAUUAACGCUUUAGAAUUGCUCGAAAAUCUUGCAAUUAAAAAUGAAAGAGAAAAUACUACGGUUCAAGAAUUAAGGGCUAAAAUUAUACAACUUGAAAGCGAUAAAAUUGGAAAAGCUGAGGACAGACAAAGAUUUGAAAAAGAGUUGGAGCAAAUUGAAGAACAUUGGAGACAAGAAUCAAGAGAUUUAGUUGGCAUGGUAACUAGAUUACAAGAAGAGAAUAGACGAUUGGCAGAAGCUUUACGAGAAUCACAAAGUGAUAGUCAGUACAGCGGUAAACAAACUUUUACAGCUAGUCAAGAAGUGGAUGUUUCAGUUUUGCAACAUUUAAGAUCUAUGAUAGAUAAGCAACGUGAUCAAAUUAGAGCAAGGGAUCGGGAACUCACGCAAAAGAAUUCAGAAAUAGAAAAUCUAACAUCACAAGUUGAAAAACUUGGAGUUGUUGGAAGAGAAUUAAAACGUAAGCAACGUCAAGCACAAAUGCAAGCACGCGGUCUUGUAGAGGAAAGAGCAGAUUUCUUAGCACAAUUGCAAGAUCAAAAUCGAGAAUUAAUACAACUUAGAGGUAGACUUGGACUAGCCAAGAAAGAAAAUGAAGAUUUAUCUAAAUCACAAGGGUGUCCUGAUUUGACAAAUAAAGCUGUAUACGAUCUGGAUGAUCCAGAUAGACCCAGAUUUACUACUGCUGAACUAAAAGAAAUCUUGCAUGAAAGAAACGAAUUAAAAGCAAGAGUUUCAGAUUUGGAAGAUGAAUUGGAAUAUUAUCGACCAAAACCAGAAAUACCUAUAGAUGACAAGGAUGCACCUGUACAAGGUCCUCUUCCUUAUGAACCAGAUGAUGCACCUUGGAAAAAAUCAUCAGAAUCUGGCAUUCGUAAAUUUUUCCGAAAAAUCUUCUCUGAAUCCAGCAGCAGCUUUUUAGGAGGUAGUAGUCCUCGACGAAGUCUUUCCAGUCUUUCAAAAAUGGCACUAUCCAGUAACAGCACUUGUGAUGAAUCUAUGUAAUGUAUUUUUUCAGUUGUUUGGUAUGAAAAUAACUAUAUAACAAAUUUUCGAAAGAUUAUAUGAAAGAUUUCUCCUCAUAAACAUAAACAUAAAAAAAGAAAAAAAAAAGGAAAAAAAAAAAGAAAAAAAAAAGAAAAAAAAAAGAAAAAAAAUCAUUUAUAAAUCUAAAGAUUUGUUUAACAUCAUAAUAUAAUAUUGAUUUAAUCAUUUAUUAUCUAUAACAAAAACGAUAGAUAAUGUAAUCAUUUAGAACUUAGUUUUUUGAUAGAGGCAUACAUAUAAGUAUGUAAAAAUAAUGAAAAUAAUUACUACAGCUCUCAGAAUUUAAUUGAAUAACGUUGUAAUUUGAUACUUAGUGCUACGUAAAAAGAAUAAGCUUUCACAAUCGAAA